CUUCGUCUAUAAAAAAUCUUCGGCUACUCCUAAGUUUCCCCAGCUCAAUCAACGCAAGAGCGCCACGCCAGUACUUUUCGCAGCCGUCGUGCAAAGCUCUCUCCAAGCCCUCGCCCUUUCACGCUCCCUUGAGGGCUUUGAUGCGGGUGGAGUCCAGCGGCGGCCUCCCACUCCCAGAGCUGGAAAGACAGCAGGCGGGCGCCAAGAGACGCCGCCGGCGGGCACGGGCGGCGGCGGCGGCGGCGGCACCCCGAACGAUGGCCGCGCCCGCCACCGCCGUGCAGCGGCUCUUCGAGGCGUGCCGCGAGGUCUUCACCGGAGCUGGUCCAGGCGCGGUUCCACCGCCGGCCGGCGUCGAGAGGAUCAAGUCCGUUCUAGAUAGUAUCACAGCAGCAGAUGUUCGUCUAACAUCCAGCAUGCCAUAUUUCCGACGUGUUGACCCCUACGGCACUCCAAAAAUCACUUACUUGCACCUAUACAAGUGCGAGGCUUUCUCGAUCGGCAUCUUUUGUUUGCCAUCGAGGGGUGUCAUUCCUCUCCACAAUCACCCUGGCAUGACUGUGUUCAGCAAGCUUUUGUUUGGUGCCAUGCAUAUAAAAUCUUAUGACUGGGCUGCUUCUCAACAAGACACACCUGAUGUUCAGUUGCAAGCAGGACCACGUUUGGCAAAGGUGAAGGUUGAUGGCAUCUUGACUGCACCUCAUGAAACGGCGGUACUAUAUCCAGAAGAUGGUGGUAAUAUGCAUUGCUUUACCGCACAGAAUGCUUGUGCAGUGCUUGAUGUCCUUGGCCCUCCAUAUGAUGAUGGCAGCGGAAGGCACUGCCAGUACUACAAUGUCCGUUCCUCUGCAAUUUCUGUUGCAGGCUCAACUAUAUUGCCUGGAGGUGACAGAUAUGAAUGGCUGGAGGAGAGCGAGCCAUCUCGAGAUUUUUAUCUUGUUGGAUCAACAUAUAUGGGCCCGAAAAUUUUGGACCACUGAACUUCUAUGCUUGUGAGAUAGGAUGUGCCUAUAGCUGUUCGGCUGCUAGAAAAGUUGCUGCACCCACAGCGUUUCCUGAGAGGAAAAAAAAGCCUACUGCUCACUUCAACAGUUCAACAGCAUCGUUACCUGCCUCUUCAGCAGUUCAACAGCUUUUAACAGAUCAGUAUAUGUUGGUUUUGGAGGAAGUGAUUAGGAAGAAGAAACGAUGGACCACAAUGGUAAGUGCUCACCGUUCGUAAAUAUAUGACACCGUUGAUUUUUUUAAAAAAAAUUUAAUCACUCGUUUUAUUAAAAAAAUAAUGAGUUAUCAUUUAUUUUUAUAUGAUUUAGUUUGUGCUUGACUUAAAAUUUUACAUUUUAGAAUAAAUAUUUUGAAUAAAACGAGUGGUCAAAGUUUUCAAAAAAAAUCAAUAGUGUUAUAUAUUUAUGAACGGAGGUAGUACUCACUUCGGACUGAAUUAUUGUGGAAAGACCAUGAGGAUGUCCCGAAAGUCACAGUCAUGCUUCAGUAUGAAUACGACCUGGAUCCUCGGACGAUUAUCAAGUGUAUUGUAUCCUGUAAUAGUGUCAAUUGUCAAACACGCAUUGCCACCGGAGAUAAAAAAAAGUCUCCUGAUAACUUGCCGUAUAAUACUGUCACAGCCCAAGCAGCUGCCUAUGCAAGUGUUCACACAUCACAGAUAGAUAUCGCAAUGUGCUGUCGCUACAGUCCAGAAAAACUUCUGGUGACAUCUCGAGUGCUAGACAUCUCUGUUCAGAUUUUGACCCUGACAUCUGUAUUUUCCAUGAGCUAGGCUGCUCCUUAUGCAUCAAUUUGUAUUUCGUUAUACUAGUCAACAAAUGGAGAUCGAUGAACUACACAUGCCGAUUUCACUAGUCGUUCUGAAGAGUGAAGACUACACACUGACAGGUGGCCAUCAGCAUAGUCAUACAAAGCAGCCAGCCUCUCAAGUUUCUACCCAGCUGAAAGCGAAAUGGCAGCAGAAAAUUCUUUCACACAAUGUACUUGACAGCUUUUGUUCUCUUGAUGCAUGGAUCCCUUUUCCACAUGCAUUCAAAAAAAUGCUGCUGCUCGAUCGAGCUGAGUCCUGUCCUGGUCAAGCAACUGCUAGGUCUGUUGCUCAACCAGCUACGCGCCCCACACGGCCUCACACUCCUCGUCACUGCCAUCCAUGACCCACCCUUCGAUGCGUUCACCAGUAUGGACUCUAGAGGUGGCAAUGACCCGAUAUCCGAUGAGUAGAACGUUCUUUCCUCACUCAUACCCGUUAACCUGUAGGUAUAAAAUAUCUAGUAUAAUAAACUUGGUCCAAAAACAUGAACUUACCUUCAA